UCGUAUCCACUCCUCUCCAGUCUCCCCGCCGCUCCGCAUCCCGCAGCCGCUCGUCAGCGACGGACAUGGCCGCCGCCGCCGCAGCCAUGGCCACCGCCACCUCCGCCACGGCAGCGCCGCCGCUCCGCAUUCGCGACGCCGCGAGGAGGACCCGCCGACGCGGCCACGUUCGCUGCGCCGUCGCCAGCGGCGCGGCCGAGGCGCCCGCGGCGCCCGGGGCGCGGGUGUCGGCGGACUGCGUCGUGGUGGGCGGCGGCAUCAGCGGGCUCUGCACCGCGCAGGCGCUGGCCACAAAGCACGGCGUCGGCGACGUGCUCGUCACGGAGGCCCGCGCCCGCCCCGGCGGCAACAUCACCACCGCCGAGCGCGCCGGCGAGGGCUACCUCUGGGAGGAGGGGCCCAACAGCUUCCAGCCUUCCGACCCCGUCCUCACCAUGGCCGUGGACAGCGGGCUCAAGGACGAUCUCGUGUUCGGGGACCCCAACGCGCCGCGGUUCGUGCUGUGGGAGGGGAAGCUAAGGCCGGUGCCGUCCAAGCCCGGCGACCUGCCGUUCUUCGACCUCAUGAGCAUCCCCGGCAAGCUCAGGGCCGGCCUUGGCGCGCUCGGCGUUCGAGCGCCACCUCCAGGGCGUGAGGAGUCGGUGGAGGACUUCGUGCGGCGCAACCUCGGCGCGGAGGUCUUUGAGCGCCUCAUUGAGCCUUUCUGCUCAGGUGUGUAUGCUGGUGAUCCUUCAAAGCUCAGUAUGAAGGCUGCAUUUGGGAAGGUGUGGAGGCUGGAGGAUACUGGAGGUAGCAUUAUUGGUGGAACCAUCAAAACAAUCCAGGAGAGGGGGAAAAACCCCAAACCGCCGAGGGAUCCCCGCCUUCCAACGCCAAAGGGGCAGACAGUUGCAUCUUUCAGGAAGGGUCUGACUAUGCUCCCGGAUGCUAUUACAUCUAGGUUGGGUAGCAAAGUCAAACUUUCAUGGAAGUUGACAAGCAUUACAAAGUCAGACAACAAAGGAUAUGCAUUAGUGUAUGAAACACCAGAAGGGGUGGUCUCGGUGCAAGCUAAAACUGUUGUCAUGACCAUCCCAUCAUAUGUUGCUAGUGAUAUCUUGCGGCCACUUUCAAGUGAUGCAGCAGAUGCUCUGUCAAUAUUCUAUUAUCCACCAGUUGCUGCUGUAACUGUUUCAUAUCCAAAAGAAGCAAUUAGAAAAGAAUGCUUAAUUGACGGAGAGCUCCAGGGUUUCGGCCAGCUGCAUCCGCGUAGUCAGGGAGUUGAGACUUUAGGAACAAUAUAUAGCUCAUCACUCUUUCCAAAUCGUGCUCCAGCUGGAAGGGUGUUACUUCUGAACUACAUAGGAGGUUCUACAAAUACAGGGAUUGUUUCCAAGACUGAAAGUGAGCUGGUAGAAGCAGUUGACCGUGACCUCAGGAAGAUGCUGAUAAAUCCUAAAGCAGUGGACCCUUUGGUCCUUGGCGUCCGGGUAUGGCCACAAGCCAUACCACAGUUCCUCAUUGGCCAUCUUGAUCAUCUUGAGGCUGCAAAAUCUGCCCUGGGCAAAGGUGGUUAUGAUGGAUUGUUCCUCGGAGGGAACUAUGUUGCAGGAGUUGCCCUGGGCCGAUGCGUUGAAGGUGCAUAUGAGAGUGCCUCACAAAUAUCUGACUACUUGACCAAGUACGCCUACAAGUGAUCAAAGUUGGCCUGCUCCUUUUGGCACAUAGAUGUGAGGCUUCUAGCAGCAAAAAUUUCAUGGGCAUCUUUUUAUCCUGAUUCUAAUUAGUUAGAAUUUAGAAUUGUAGAGGAAUGUUCCAUUUGCAGUUCAUAAUAGUUGUUCAGAUUUCAGCCAUUCAAUUUGUGCAGCCAUUUACUAUAUGUAGUAUGAUCUUGUAAGUACUACUAAGAACAAAUCAAUUAUAUUUUCCUGCAAGUGACAUCUCAAUCGUCAGCAAAUUCAGUUACUA